AUGGUCACAUGUAGUUCACCCUCCACCUUACUGUCCACUUCUGGUCGCAAAAGAAAACUGGAAGUAAGGCAGAGCACUGUGAAACUUCAGGAAAAGAAAGGCAUGUUGCCUCUUCCUGGAUCUUCCACCUUUGAUCCUGAAGAAGAACUAGAAGAGCCACAUAUGAAACUCCAAAGAAUGGAAGGUACUUCACCCUCCACCUUACUGUCCACUUCUGGUCACAAAAGAAAACUGGAAGUAAGACACAGCACUGUGAAACUUCAGGAAAAGAAAGGUACUUCACCCCUCACUGUAGUACCCAUCACUAGUCAUGAAAAAAAAUUAGAAGAGCCUUCGGGAAGGAAAGCCGUUCCUGCCUCUUCAUUUUCCACCACUAAUCCUGGAGAAGAAGCUGUAGCCUCUCAGCCCCACUUGAUAAGGUCCACCACUGGAGGUUGGCAAAAACAAGAAGAGCUUAAGAGAUGGGAGCAGAAUAUAGAGACUGUGCAGCCAGAGAAAUUUGAAGGUGAACACCAAAUCUUUAAAGAACUUGUUCAUUGA